UCAAAUAUGACUUAUCACUUUAAGGGCUAGAUAAGGUCAGCAGAGGAGGACUGAGAGGAGAGCUACUCUGCGGUGUUGUGGUGGUGGUGGUUAAGAAACGGAAAAUGGCAGGGGAACGAGAGUGUGGUUAUUUGACUUUCUAUGUCAACGGGAAAAAGGUCACUGACCCCGAUGUUGAUCCUGAAACUAUGUUGUUGUCAUACCUACGAAAAAAGAUGAGGUUGACGGGCACCAAGUAUGGCUGCGGUGGAGGAGGCUGUGGGGCCUGCACGGCCAUGCUGUCCCGCUACCAGGUCCACACCGGGACCAUUGUCCACUGUGCGGUGAACGCUUGCCUGCUGCCCGUGUGCCAGCUGCAGGGGGCAGCGGUGACCACAGUGGAGGGCAUCGGCAACACCAAGACCAAACUGCACCCAGUCCAGGAGCGCAUAGCAAAGGCUCAUGGUUCUCAGUGUGGCUUCUGCACCCCUGGUAUGGUGAUGUCCAUGUACACUCUACUGAGGAACAAGCCCCAGCCCGACAUGGAAGACAUCAGGGAGGCACUGGCUGGAAAUCUGUGUCGCUGUACUGGAUACCGUCCCAUUCUGGAUGGGUACGAGACCUUCUGUGAGAGCCCAAACUGUUGCCAAAUGAAUGGAGCCAAGAGCUGCUUAAAUGAGAAUAAUCCCAACUGCUGCCAGCAGAGUGUCAAGGAGACUGGCCUGGCCAAUGAGGCUGAGGUUGCAGAUAGCCUUGAGAAUGGACACCUUGAGCUCUUCAGCAAAGAUGACCUGCUUCCUCUGGAUCCAUCCCAAGACCUCAUCUUUCCCCCCGAGCUCAUUAGAAUGGCUGAAAGCGGGGUGCAGACGACGCAGACUUUCCGGGGGGAGCGCAUCACCUGGGUGUCACCCGUCUCACUGGACGAGGUUGUGGACCUGAAGGCUCUCCAUCCUCAAGCACCCAUCGUCAUGGGCAACACCAACAUCGGUCUGGACAUCAAGUUUAAAGGAGUCUUGCAUCCCUUCAUCAUCUCCCCGACCAGGGUUCCAGAGCUGUUUGAGGUCAAGCACACUCCUCAGGGCGUGAGUAUCGGCGCUGGCUGCAGCAUGUCAGGGGUGCGAGCGGUGCUGGGGGGGCUGGUGCAGACUCUUCCCCCGGAGCAGACUGAGCUCCACAGGGCCCUGCUGCAGCAGCUGGGCAACCUGGCGGGACAGCAGAUCCGCAACGUGGCAACCCUGGGUGGCAACAUUGUCAGUGCGUAUCCCAACUCUGACCUGAACCCUGUCCUGGCUGCUGGGAACUGCAGACUCACUGUAGUAUCAAAGGGAGGAACACGAGAGAUCCCCAUCAAUAAAGACUUCUUUGUGGGCUUCGGGAAGACUGUCCUAAACCCAGACGAGAUCGCUUUGUCUGUUUUCAUUCCCGUGUCCUGUAAGGGGGAGUUUGUGCGGGCGUUCCGCCAGGCUCCCCGGAAGGAGAACGCUCUGGCCACGGUGAACGCGGGCAUGCGGGUGCGGUUCCAUGACGGCUCUAGUGCGGUAGAAGACCUCAGCAUUUUCUACGGAGGUGUGGGACCCUGCACCGUCAGCGCCCCCAAAACAUGCCAGCAGAUCAUCGGGAGGCUGUGGGGUGAGGAGGCUUUGAACGCUGCCUACCAGAUGCUCCUGGAGGAAAUACCCCUGCCCCCGUCUGCCCCGGGGGGCAAAGUGGCGUUCCGCAGGGCUCUGACGCUCAGCUUCCUCUUCAAGUUCUACCUGCAGAUGCAUCAGAAGCUCGCAGAGAUGGGUGUCAUUGCAGAGGGCUUGCAACAGGACAUGAGAAGUGGCCUGGACCCUUUACCUAGUCACUUCCUGCCCAGCUAUCAGGAGUUCCAGGGCGUGUUAGAAGGGCAGCCAGGUCAGGACCCCGUUGGCCGUCCCAUGAUGCACCGGUCUGCCCUGAGCCAGGCUACAGGAGAGGCGGUGUACUGCGAUGACAUGCCCCGGACAGAGGGGGAGCUCUUUCUCUCUCUGGUCACCAGCACCAAGGCUCACGCCAAGAUCAUUAACAUCGAUAUGAGCGCCGCCCUUGCCCUGCCCGGUGUGGUCGACGUCAUCACAACCAAAGACAUCCCUGGCAAGAAGUUCCGGACAUUCAGUGGCCUGACAGAGGAGCUACUAGCUGAGGAGGAGGUGACCUGCGUGGGACAGAUUGUGUGCGCAGUUGUCGCGGAUACCAAGCCGCACGCCAAACAGGGGGCCGCAGCAGUGAAGAUCACUUACGAGGACCUGCCGGACCGAGUGUUCACUGUCGAGGAGGCCAUAGAGAAGAAGUCUUUCUUUGAGCCUCAAAGGGAGAUUGGGAGAGGUGAUGUGACCAAAGGCUUUAAAAUGGCUGACCAAAUUUAUGAAGGAGAAAUUCGGAUUGGUGGGCAAGAGCAUUUCUACAUGGAGACGCAAAGCAUGCUGGUUAUCCCAGGUGGGGAGGACAAGGAGAUGAACGUCUAUCUGUCCUCUCAGCAUCCAAGCUAUGUUCAGGACUCUAUUGCAGAGACGCUUGAUAUUCCCUCAAACCGGGUGACAUGUCACGUUAAACGAGUCGGAGGUGCCUUCGGAGGAAAGGUCACCAAAACAACCAUCCUGGCCUGCAUCACCGCUGUCGCUGCAUGGAAGACAGAGCGGUCAGUGAGGUUGGUCUUAGAGAGGGGGGAAGAUAUGCUGAUUACAGGAGCCCGCCAUCCUGUCCUGGGACAAUACAAGGUGGGCUUCAUGAGAGACGGGCAGAUAACUGCAGCCGACGUGAAGUACUACACCAACGCAGGCAACUGUGUGGAUGAGUCAGUGCUGGUCAUUGAAAAAAUCCUGCUGCAUUUUGACAAUGCCUACAACAUCCCCAACCUGCACGGCAGAUCGACCGCCUGCCAAACCAACCUUCCGUCCAACACGGCCUUCCGCGGGUUUGGGGUACCCCAGAGCCUGCUGGUCACAGAGAACAUCAUCAACGACGUCGCCCUCAAACUCGGCCGCACUGCUGAAGAGAUCCGCGAGGCGAACAUGUACAGGGGACCAUCUCUGACCCCCUACAAGAUGGAGUUCGACCCGGAGAACAUGCUGCGCUGCUGGGAGGAGUGCAAGCGCCGCUCCUCCAUCCAGAGUCGCCAUGACGACAUCGCCCAAUUCAACCAGCGCAACCACUGGAAGAAGAGGGGCAUCGCCCUCGUUCCCAUCAAGUACGGCAUAGGGUUCGCAGAGAGCUUCCUGAACCAGGCUGCUGCUCUGGUACAUAUCUUCCUGGAUGGCACAGUGCUGGUUAGUCAUGGAGGAGCGGAGAUGGGCCAAGGUCUCCACACAAAAAUGCAACAGGUGGCCAGCCGUGAGCUGUGUAUCCCCUCCUCACUGAUCCACAUCUCGGAGACCAACACACACAUGGUGCCCAACACAUGCCCCUCCGCUGCCUCCUUUGGCACUGAUGCCAAUGGCAUGGCAGUCAAGGAUGCCUGUGAGACCCUCUACACCAGACUGGAACCAAUCAGGAAGAAGGACCCUGAAGGCACAUGGCAGAGCUGGAUCCAAAAAGCUUUUCUGGAGAAAAUUAGUCUGUCGACCACUGGGUAUUACAGGGGUCUUGACCUGUACAUGGACUGGGAGAAGCAGGAAGGACAUCCUUACGCUUACUUCACCUACGGAGCAUGCUGCUGUGAAGUAGAACUGGACUGUCUGACUGGAGACUACAGGACCGUGAGGACAGACCUGGUUAUGGACAUUGGAAGGAGCAUCAAUCCCUCUAUUGACAUCGGUCAGAUCGAGGGGGCGUUUAUGCAGGGCGUGGGGCUGUACACCAUGGAGGAGCUGAAGUUCUCCCCGUCUGGAGUGCUCUACACGCGCGGACCCGGCCAGUAUAAGAUUCCCGCCAUAUGUGACGUGCCUCUCCAGCUCAACAUCUACCUGCUGCCGGGCUCCCAGAACCCCCAUGCCAUCUACUCCUCCAAGGGCAUUGGUGAGCCGGCCCUGUUCCUGGGCAGUGCCGUCUUCUUCGCCCUGAAGGACGCGGUGGCGUCGGCAAGGAGGGAUGCUGGCCUCAGCGGCCCCUUUGAGUUUAACAGUCCUGCCACUCCUGAGAGGACCUGUCUGGCCUGUGCCUCCCACCUCACACAGAUGGUUCCAAUUAGCGAGCCAGGCUCCUUUCAACCAUGGGCUAUUGAGAGUCCUUAAGUCCCCUCUACCGAGCAGCAAUUACACAUGAUUAUACGGCUUGACUUUAAGAAAAUUAUAGUCUCACUUUUUGUUACUACUGUGCAAUGCCUGUUGAGCUUUUGUCUUUAAAUAAGAGUCAAAGAAACGCAAUCCUAAUAUUAUAUAAUUUGUAUGCACCUACUUGUCAGAAAGAUUACUAUAAUAUCUUGUUUGUUUUUUUAUUCCCUUAAGGCUCACCUUGGCUCACCUUGUAAGUCUGCUGCUUAUAUGUGUGAAAAUAUAUAUUUGUACUAAUAGUAGAGAGUUUUAUAUUACAACAAAACUGAAGUAAUCAAAGAAGUAGUGGCUAGAAAGCACACUGUACUGAGGAAGUGUGAUUCUCCUGGAUUUAAUAUGAAAAGAUGAUGGACAUAAAUCAGAUUACAUCAUACCUGUUUUCUUGUGGUAUUUAGAAUGUGACUAUGCAAGCUGCUAUGCAAUGUAUAAGUCACAACUUAACACACUUACGAAAAUCUGCUGCAUUUGAAAAAGAAAUAAAGAGGUUUUAUUCAUG